AUGGAUGAUGCGGUGACGAUUCAAAUUCCCGACGGAAUGGCUGAUGGUGAUGUCAUAUAUAGUCCAAUCGAGGGUAGAGGGGGAGGAAAAGAGGCAAUAUAUUGGUACAGCUUUGGCGCUAUAGUUCCAGAUUUGUCACCAGACCCAUACCCUUUCAAGCUUAUACAGGAUCCAACCCCUUCUAAAGAAAACGAAGCUCAACUUGUGGCAGUGGUUCCCCCAGGAUUUGACACUAUUCACGAAUACGUUGUUGAUCUAGUGUUAGAAGAUUUGAAUGACAAUAAAUAUUUCACUUGCACUCUGACACUUCAAGUAACACUUUCUUUAUAUGUUGAUGCCCCAUACAACGCCACAAUUGGAGAACAUGCAACAGUGCCCCAGACAAUUGCCAAUAUAACAGCUACAGAUGCUGACGGACAAGCGAAUGAUGUAACGUUCAUCAUUAUUGAUUCGAAUCCUAAAGAUGCCCCGUUUCAAAUUGGUCCAGUUACAGCUUAUCAGGAUACAUCAGUUGCAGAACUUCAGAAUGUGAAUUUACCCGGAUUUGACUACGAAACAGGGACAAAUGUUUACGAGUUAUUCAUCACAGUUUCGGAUACAUCAGGAGGAGAUGUGGUGAAAACUGCUACAGUGACUGUCUACAUUUUAGACGAACUGGAACCUAUGAUAAUAACCAAUUUGCCAGACUCGAUCACUAUAUCCGAAUCUGUACUUGGGAGUGUGUUUAUAGUUGAGUGGGAUCCACCUCGCGAGCCGAUAUGGAUGUUAUCUACAUCGCCGGUCAAUGGCCCAUUUAGUAUCAAUGCAACAGGGUCGGUGAAUGUAGUCUCGCCGGGAUUGAACUACAAACAGCACACCUCUUAUGAUGUAACAAUAUUUAUUGGCGAUGAAGAAGGUUUUACAGACAAUAAGGUGUUACACGUCACGUUGUUACCUAACCUAGGACCUGAAAUCACCAAUCUCAAUGAUACUAUACAGAUUAGUGAAAUGAGUGCAGGAGGAACAGAUAUUUUUGUUGUACAAGCUGUGGAUAAUGAAGGAGACGACUUUUACUGUGUCAUGUUUGCCAAUCCAAAUGAUGGUAACUUUGGGUAUAACUCGUCCACUAAUUCUAUCUACGUCAUCAACUCGCCUAUUCUGAAUUUUGAAACUGUGGAUGAAUACACCUUGAGUGUAACGUGUCAUGAUUUAGGUGUCACUAACACUAAGCCUGGCACACCUAAAGUACUGACUGUUCAGAUCACUGACGAGAAUGAAGCACCGAUACUUACUAACCUACCAGCAACAGUCAAAGUACCUGAAGACGCACUCAAUUCGGUAUCGAUAUUCCAAGCUGACGGUUAUGAUGUGGACGGCAAUUCUCUCAGUUUUUCUCUCACAAUAGUCUCACCUGUCUCCGGGCAAGGGAAGUUCGCUGUAGCCGACUCAAAUGGGAACGAUGGUACUGUUUCUAUAUCUAACAAUCCUGCUUUCGACUUUGAGGAUGUGCAGCAAUAUUCAUUGGUGUUGGAAGCAACUGACGGAGAAUUCACUGCAACUGGUACUCUGACUGUUGAUAUUAUGGAUGUAGCCGAACCACCAGUAUUUGUGAAUGAUAACCAAGAUGUAUAUAUCGAUGAAGAACAGAUUGUUGGGACAUUAAUAUCUCUUGACUGGACUGUAACUGACGUGGAUGAUGUAUUAACUGAUUUAACAUAUAAUAUGAUUGCUGGAACUUAUUCUCCAUACUUCAGUUUAACUGAUGGAACCAAUCCAGAAUUACGUAUUGCACAAGUCAUGGAUUAUGAAGCAUCCUUCCCAGUCCCAUUUCCCAUAAUGUUUACUGUCACAGACCCAGCUGGAAAGAAAGAUUAUCUAACAGUUAAUGUAUACCUUCAGAAUAUUUAUGACAAUGCACCAAUUUUCACCCAGAUAGUAUAUUCCGCAGAUGUGUUUGAUGGAGAAUCGCAAGGUAGUCCUGUACUGCAGGGUCUAGCAACAGAUGUAGAUCUAUUUGACAUCAUUACGUACUCCAUAGAGCCAGCAAAUACAUAUUUUGUUAUUGACUCACAAUUAGGAGAAGUAACUGUAAAUCAACCCAUUAACUCUUCAAUCAGUGGGGAUAUCAUUAACUUUACACUGGUUGCUACUGAUCUGGGAUCGAAUCAAGACACAGCUUUUGUUCAGGUUACUGUUGCAAGUGUCAAUAAAAUUCAUGUGAUUAUUGAUAGCAACGAACGUCCAUAUUGGAAUUGGGAGGUGCCUUACGAUUUGACCAACGAUACAUAUGUUAACAACGUCGUCACAAAUAACCAGAUCUUCGAAAAGAGUGGUUCGAUCAUUUAUAAGUUAUAUAUGCCAAACACACGAUUUAGAAUUACAACAGAUGGUCAAGUUUUCGUAGCAGGCAAACUCAUGGCAGAAGAAGAAUACAUAUUAAUGUACUAUGUAGAAGACGAUCGCAUACCUCCAAUCAAGGCAGGUGUUUCAAUGAUUCGUAUUGACACCUACAUACCACAGAUGGUUCUUGUGAACAUACAUCUGGGCAUUUCAGUUGCUGAUUUCACGUCCUCCAGACAGACUGCUUUUAUUUCUGCUUUGAAUAAACGUUAUAAACCGUGGAAAUACAGAAUAUCCUCCAUUCGCAGUGAUACAACGGUGUCUACAAGAAAACUUCUUCAAAACACAGCAAUUGUAGUAGUCUAUGCGUUAAAAAACGAUCUUACCAAUUCCCAGGACAGCGUUGACUCUACUAAGGAAUUUGUAUACUUUGUGGAUCUUGCAGAGGCAAUGCAAAUUGAUUCAGAUGGUACACCUGUGGCUCUUUUAACUGGAACAGAUUUUGACGAAUUCCCUGUAGAAAGUGUGAAACCAACAUAUGAACUCAUUAAUACACAUAAUAGCUAUAGCUGGUGGCUUGACACACCUGAAGGAAAUGUUACAAUUGCCAUCUUGAUAUUAUUGGUGAUAAUUGUCAUUGUCUCCAUAUGCUGUUGCUGCUGGUUCAUCAUUCGCAAAAAAGCCCGAAGUGAUAAACAAGAAAUUACUUCAAGAGCCGAUGUUGACAAGAGUGGUGAGAAUAAUCUAAAUAACUCAUCCAUUGUACAUAUAUUAGAAGAUAAGAAACUCAUUGAAAAGGAUGGGAUGAUUACUGAUCAGUCAGAAUUACAGAAAAACGUGGGCGACAGUUUAGAUGAAAAAGAUGCUGACAAUAAUGGUAUUAAGAAGGACCUGGUCGAAAGCGACGUGCCAGUCGUUGAGAAGGCAGGUGUUAAGAAACUCAUUGAAAAGGAUAAGCUGUCGAGGGAUCAGUCGAAAUUAAAAAGCGGCGUUGGGGACAAUUUAGAUGAGAAGAACGUCGACAAGAAUGGUAUUAAGAAGGACUCGAACGAUGCUUCCGUUACCAAGAAAGCAGGUGUUACGAAGCAAAAUAAGAAGCUAAAGGACAAAGAUAAUCUAUCUAGUGAUCAGUCAAAACUAAAAAACGGCGUUGGGGACAAUUUAGAUGUCAAGAAUGUCGACAAGAAUGGUAUUAAGAAGGACUCGAACAAGUCAUCCGUCGUUCAUAAAGCAGGGGAUACGAAUCUGAAUGAAAAGAAGAAGCUGUCUAGUGAUCAGUCUAAAUUAAAGCAAAGUUCAGGCGUAAAAGAUGACACUCGGACGUCAGACAGUGCGUCGAAGAAAGAGUUCACUUCAUUGUCGCAGAUGAAAUAUACCAAUCAGAAAACUGGGAAGGAUGCCACGGUAGAGCAUAAUUCACUAGCGAUUGAGAAAGAUGGUACACUAGUGAAUACUCUAUCUGCACCUGAAAAUAAUAACAGGAAAGACAGUGUAAUAGGUCCUCUUCCGGAUAUGUCCAAGCAGAAUGAAACAAAACCAAGGAAAUUGAAAAAGGGAUUGUCGACAAGAAGUCUUGUUUCAAACAAGAACUUGACUAGCAAAGUUAGAAGACCCAGAGAUGACAAGGACAAUUUUAGUAUUUCCAGCAGAGUAACCGAAAAAUUCAAACCUGAAGGGCUGAAAUGGUUUUAA